AUGGAUAUCGUAGAGUUGCAAGAAUUGCAAGCGACGACGGGUCUAACUCCUAGGUCUAUUUUACUGAAAGAUGGCGAAACAACGGCAACUAUGUAUCCAAUCCCUGCUCAUCCAGACAGACUUCCAGCUGGAUUGUUAGCGUUUCUUCUGGAUGAGUUUAAUAUGGAAGUAGAAAAGGGAGACAGUUUGCCAUUUUAUCAGUCGCUGAGUUUGGACGAAUUCAACAAGAUCUGGUUUCACAGACAUGGCCUGGUAUGCAUCAUGGUUCUUGGCGAAAUUCCUGAGCUGGACUACAGUAAUGACGACGAAGAAAACCACGAAAUCAUGGCAGACGCGACGGCCGACGAUGGUCGCGCAGAAAUGUUCAGAAACACGCCCCAAUACAUCCGGAGAAAAGAGCGACGGAAUCUGAAUCUCAACAUACAGUGGGAGAAACAGUGUCUGGGCACGUUUAACUUGCAUCCGGCUUAUCCGGGACGUUCAUCGCAUGUUGUGACUGGCACUUUUCUAGUGAACGCUGGUAUUAGAGGUAAGGGUAUAGGUAGAACCCUAUUGGAAUGUUUCUUAGAUUGGUGCCCGAAGCUGGGAUUUACUUCGGCCGUGUUCCCGCUAAUUUAUGGCACCAAUGUCGGCAUUCGCAGACUCCUAGAGGCUCUUAAUUUCAGGCGAGUCGGUAAAUUGCCCGAAUCUGCCAUUUUGAAAGGUUGUGACGUUCCUGUAGACUCCUUCAUUUAUGCCAAAGAGUUUACCCACGUAUCAAAGACCAUAGACCUUUUGAAUGCACCAAAUAAGCAUUUCGCCAAAUACGAGCGCUUGAAGUACUAUCUAGAACAUGGCAAAUAUCCUGACAAUUGCGACAGGAACGAGAAAGCUCGGCUUAGAGCGAGCGCCAAAUAUCAUACUGUACAAAAUGGCAAGCUUAUGCGUCAGGGACGAGAAGUCGUAUACAUACCAGAAAGGCAGCUGGAAGUUGCUUUUGAAGUGCAUCAAAUAUCUCAUCAGGGUAUCAACAAAGUUACCACCAAAAUUGCUGAGAGGUACCAUUGGAAAGGUAUCAAAAACACUGUAGCGCGAAUCGUUGCUUCGUGUCCACUCUGCAAAGAUCAAAAUCAUGACGACAUUGGUAUUGUUGUCGAUCCUGGUUCUCCUCAACAGCAAGCGCACAUGCUAGUGAGAGAUCAAUCUGAAGUCGAUCACUCUGCUCAAUUGAGCCAAAUGGCUGCUGCCGUCGUAGGAUCGCUUCAGACAAGAGAUUUCGACAAUAGUCGCACGCCUCCUGACACGAAUCAACGAAAACGUUCGAAGCCAACAAUACACCGAAUCAAAUUCAAUGACUCAAAGGAAGCCAUUGUUUCAUCUCAUGAUGUCCUGCAUAAUGCCCAAUCGAUGAACAACUUUAGUGAUUUAGCAAGACCAAAUAAUAGCGGUAAGCGAAGAUAUUUGGACGUCGCAAUGGGAGCGUCUGAAGCGUUAAACAGGACUCCUCAUGGGACUGACAUCACGAGCGGGCCUUCUACGGUUCAAAUUGAGGACGAGGACAAUUCGCAAAUCGAUGAUGCUCUCCUCGAUCUUGAGGACAAUGUUAUGGCCGCGGUUCAGGCGGUGCAUAAUGAACAGCAGCAUAAAGAUUCACCUCUGGACCACACAUCCGAAAGAUUUUAUUGA